CCAAAAAACAGGAAAAGACGGCAAUCUCAAAAUGCUGUGCUCUUUAGUAGCCAUCAUCACAUUUUUGCCAGUCUACAACGCGCCGUGUCAUGCCAGCCCAUCACUUCUUAGCAAUCCUGUUGCUAUCCAUCAAAUCUCCUACAAGGAAAUAAUUCGUGCCCUUCCAUUCGAAACGGAAGACUCUCCCCUUCUUGCCAAUAAUCUUGCACACACCCCCGCACACCAUCAGAAGUGCGCUUCUGCUUUCACCAACCACGGUGCCGCUAAGCACGCCAGCACGCAAGCGGGCCCCGGUCAGAUCAACGACACGCAAGGCACUGGUAACAUUGGCUGUGUGUUCCAUGGCGCGCACGAAUGAGUUUUGCAGUGCUUGUAUCGAGUGGUUGUUUAUGCUACGCCUUUUCAAGGCUGUUAACUUGGUGCUCACAGGUUUUUUGGAGGUGAGGUGGAGCACCGGUGAUUUUGAGAGCGCUUUGGGUAACUUAGCGGUGUAAUGAGCAACGGCAUCAAAUUUUUUCAUUUCGGAUCAGCAGGGUGAAGAAUUUGGUACAUUAAAAGCGAUAAGCACCCUUUUUACUGAGAACACGUUCAUUUACCUUCACAAUACUUUAACAACACGUUUUUUAGACUGGCCGUGGCAGCUGAACCUUGGUUCAUGGAGGAGAUCGGUGCGCUUGCUCGCAUGAAACCGUUACUAGAACCGAAAAGUGUGCCGCAAACGCGGUAGUGAUCCUGGCGCACAGACCACGGCUUGUGCGAACCCUUCCUCGUGGUGGUUUUCGUACGGAGAUACCACCGGCAAUCCGAAGUUCAGCCAAGGAAGCGCGUUCGGCAUUCGAUCCAUCGUUGGUGCCCUCAGAGGAGAUGCCAUGCGGUUCCCGUCCCAUCCCUCCCAUAGAACGAACAUCUUACCGUGCAUCAUAGGUUAAAUCCGUACGUAUUUCGGUUCAGCAGUCCUUUUCUUCAUUUACCGCUCCAAACUCACCACAACCCCAAAUUGUGAUGACCGAUACACCAAAACAAAAUUAUCGUACCCAUCCAACCACAUGCUAUACAUCGGUUCUAAUCCCCUGCUAAUCUUCACAACACGAACGGAACCACCGCUCACCUGCUCUCUGUCUCCCCAUUUUUCCGUUCAUCUGUACACCGAUCACACGUGCAUACACGAUGGUGAGGUGCACCACGUGUGCGUUGUAAGGAGGGAGUGCAUUGUUUCGUUCCUCUUUACGAUGCGUAUGACGGUGAGUGACUUUGUUUUUGAGUGCGAGCAGGACGAGCGUAGGGUUUGGGAGGAGUACUGGAGGUGUGUGAACGGAGGUAGGGUGGGAAAAAGACUGGAAUACCUGAAAAACGUAGUAGUGGCCAAGGACUGAGCAGGUGCCUUCCUAGCGCUGCCAUGCUUUUGGUGUGUGGAUAUUUGGUUAAAGUACCGAUUACGGCUUUUCAUCCCGCUGCAAGGACCAUUUGCUAGAACGUGUUGGUUUCGCUUCGGCGCGCACGUCACCCGAGCAGGUGCACCUUUCCGAUACCUCGAUCAAACGAACGGUUGCCCAUUCACAGGGCACUAAAAACCUUUGGGCGAACCGCAACAAAUAAAUUCACUGGCAC